CAAGUAAAUCGUAACGCAAUCAAAACGCCGAAUCAGUCUCUCUAUUAGUAACGGAUUCACCCUAAGCCUCUCCUAUAUAAAUACGUGUCGCAUCUCUUUCACAUUUCACAUCAAAACUUACUACUUCUUCUUCUUCUUCCUUUACCAAAUCUUUUCUUCUUUACUCUUUUUCAUCGUCGAGAAAAAAUGGAGUUGGAUCUUACACCUAAGUUGCCCAAGAAGGUUUACGGAGGAGAUGGUGGAUCUUACUCUGCCUGGUGCCCAGAGGAGUUGCCGAUGCUCAAACAGGGUAACAUUGGAGCCGCUAAGCUUGCUCUUGAGAAGAAUGGCUUCGCUGUCCCUCGUUACUCUGAUUCCUCUAAGGUCGCUUAUGUUCUUCAAGGAUCUGGAACUGCUGGAAUUGUUCUCCCAGAGAAGGAGGAGAAGGUGAUCGCAAUCAAGCAAGGUGAUUCGAUUGCUCUUCCCUUUGGUGUGGUCACAUGGUGGUUCAACAACGAGGAUCCUGAGCUUGUUAUCCUCUUCCUUGGUGAAACCCACAAGGGUCACAAAGCAGGGCAGUUCACUGAGUUCUAUCUUACUGGCACAAACGGUAUCUUCACUGGUUUCUCCACUGAGUUUGUUGGCAGAGCCUGGGACCUUGAUGAGAACACCGUGAAGAAACUUGUUGGUUCUCAAACCGGUAAUGGCAUUGUGAAGCUUGAUGCGGGCUUUAAGAUGCCACAGCCCAAGGAGGAGAACCGUGCUGGGUUUGUCUUGAACUGUUUGGAGGCUCCUCUUGAUGUAGACAUCAAGGAUGGAGGCAGGGUCGUUGUCUUGAACACCAAGAACCUUCCUUUGGUUGGAGAGGUUGGCUUUGGAGCUGAUCUUGUUCGGAUCGAUGCACACUCCAUGUGUUCGCCUGGUUUCUCUUGUGACUCUGCUCUUCAGGUGACUUACAUUGUGGGUGGAAGUGGAAGAGUCCAGGUGGUUGGUGGUGAUGGGAAAAGAGUUCUUGAGACCCAUAUCAAAGCUGGUUCUCUCUUCAUUGUUCCAAGGUUCUUUGUGGUUUCUAAGAUUGCUGAUGCUGAUGGCAUGUCUUGGUUCUCCAUUGUCACCACUCCUGAUCCGAUCUUCACACAUUUGGCCGGGAAUACAUCGGUGUGGAAGUCUUUGUCCCCUGAGGUUUUGCAGGCAGCGUUUAAGGUGGCUCCGGAGGUGGAGAAGUCCUUCCGAUCCACGAGGACUUCAUCAGCCAUUUUCUUCCCUCCUUCCAACUGAAGAAGGAGAAGAAUGAGAACAAGAACCAGCUUUUAUCUUUUAUCGUUUGUUGCUUUCCCUCAGAGAUUUUUGAGGGUUUUUACUUUUCUUGUGAUUCAAGGAAGUUUCUUAGUCUAGUUGUUUAAUUCUCUUCCUGCCUUUUCCCCCUGGACCGGUUCUUGUUCUCGUUGUUUUAAAAUAUUAAAAAAUCAACCUUUCCUAUAUUUUACAGUCUUCCUUCUUUUCAACUUUUGGAAAAAUUGAAUCAAAAGAAAUUUGUCUUCCUUCAAAUUCUCACUUUCAUAUUAAACUUCAGAAUUUUGAUGGUU